AUGCCUCCUCCACAUUCUGCACCUGAGUUAGCUCAAAAGAUUUCUGACAUUUUGGUGGAUUGGGAAAUAGAUAGGAAAAUCUUUUCAUUGACUUUGGAUAAUGCUUCUGCUAAUAACGCCAUGGUGAAAUUAUUGAAAACACGGCUUCAGUUGCAAAACUCAUUAUUGUGCAAUGGGGAAUAUUUUCACGUGAGAUGUUGUGCACAUAUUUUGAAUCUUAUUGUACAAGAAGGAUUGAAAGUAGCUAGUGAUGCUUUAGAUAAAAUUAGAGCUAGUAUCAAAUAUGUAAAAGCAUCAGAAGCGAGAAUGAUCAAGUUUAAGGAAUGUGCACGAAAAGUUGAUAUUGAAUUUACUACUUCAUUGUGCAUGGAUGUGCCUACACGUUGGAAUUCCACGUAUUUGAUGCUUGCUAGUGGAAUUAAAUAUCGACGGGUUUCUUCUAUGCUUGAAUGUGAUGAUUUAGCUUAUAAGCAUUGUCCGACAGAAGAAGAUUGGGAAAGAGGAAAAGUAAUGUGUGAAUUCUUGGAACCAUUUUAUGAAAUUACUACUUUAAUUUCUGGUUCAUCAUAUCCUACUUCCAAUCUGUAUUUUAUGGAAGUGUGGAAUAUUGCUCGAUUGUUGGAGAUGAAUUCUAGAAGUCACGAUGAAGUGGUAAGGUCGAUGUCUCUUUUGAUGAAAUCAAAGUUUGAGAAAUAUUGGGAAGAUUAUAGUGACAUUCUCUCUAUGGGAGCCGUGUUUGAUCCAAGAAUGAAGUUGAAACUUGUGGAGUAUUGUUACUCAACACCUGAUCCUCUUUCAAGUCAGGACAAAGUCAAUAGGUUGAAGAUGAAAUUGUAUACUCUAUACGAUGAGUACAAGAAAAAAAUGGUUGAUGCAUCUUUGUCUAAAGGUCCUCAAUCUAGUGGGAGUUCUAAUCAUGAAGUCGGAGAGCCUAAAUUCAUAGGUGGGGGAGGAGUAAGGAAAAUGAAAAUGAAUCCAAAUGUACUGGCUGGAUAUAAGAGGCACAAAGGUCUAACUUCCGACGCAAAGUCAGCAUUGGAUGUAUAUUUGGAAGAUAUUCCGAUGGAUGAAAAUGCUGAAAUCGAUUUGCUUAAGUAUUGGAAAGAUCAUUCAUCCGGCAAUUUUGGAGUACUUGCUAGGAUGGCGUGUGACGUGCUUAGUAUUCCUAUAACAACGGUAGCAUCUGAAUCUUCCUUUAGCAUUGGAGCACAUGUCUUAAACAAAUACAGAAAUAGACUCCUUCCCGAAAAAGUGCAGCUCUUAUUUGCACGUGUAAUUGGUUGCAUGGAUAUUCUAAUGACGAUGAAGAUUCUGAAGAUGAUGAGGAGGAAGCUAAAGAUCAAGCUAAAGCGUCAAAGAUUAUCGACUUGGAAGAAUGUCAUUAAAACAUUAGCUAAUGCUUGA